CUACUUUUUUCAAUAUAUAAUAUUCUACACUUAUAUAUAUAUAUAUAUAUUAUAAACAAUUUUAUACAAACAAAGGGAAAAAGAUUUACUUGAACAUGGGUCAAACUCUCUCGGAACCGAUUGUGGAUAAAAAGUCUCAUUCUGACUCUAAUUCUAAAUAUAUAUAUGGUGUUUCUUGUAUGCAAGGUUGGCGACUCACAAUGGAAGAUGCUCAUGCUACUAUAUUAAAGUUGGAUGAUACUGAAGCCUCUUUUUUCGGUGUAUACGAUGGUCAUGGAGGUUCUACUGUGGCAGAAUAUACUGGUGACGUUUUACAUCAGAAAGUUAGAGAAAGUCCAUUUUUCGACAAGAAGGAUUAUCGAUCAGCGUUGAAGGAUGCCUUUUUGACUAUUGAUAAAGAUUUGAAAGAAGAUCAAAACUUUGCCUAUGAUCCAUCUGGUUGUACUGCUGUUACUGUUCUUUUGACACCUGAAAACAAAGUAUUUGUGGCCAAUGCCGGUGACUCCCGUUCUGUCAUGAGUAUAGAUGGACAUAGCAAGGCAUUAUCAUACGAUCACAAGCCUGUAGACCGUUUGGAAUCACAGCGUAUCGUAGCUGCUGGUGGAUUCGUUGAAUUUGGUCGUGUGAAUGGUAAUUUGGCCUUAUCUCGUGCUAUCGGUGAUUUCGAAUUCAAGCAAAAUGAUCAUUUACCUGCUGAAGAACAAGUGGUGACCUGUAAUCCUGAUAUUAUGGAACAUCAAUUGACCAAUGGAGACGAAUUCAUUGUAUUGGCAUGCGAUGGUAUUUGGGACUGUAUGACGAAUCAAGAAGUGGUGGAUUAUAUCCGGGCACGAGUGGCUGAUAAACAACCUUUGGAAGAAAUAUGUGAACAAAUCAUGGAUCAUUGUUUGGCCCCAGAUAGUGAAGUAGGUGGUGUAGGUUGUGAUAACAUGUCCAUUGUUAUUGUGGGUCUUUUGCAAGGUAGAUCCAAGGAAGAAUGGUAUGAAUGGAUGGCUUCUCGUGUUCCAAAGGUGGUAAAACAAGAUGCUCUUGGUAAUGAUUUGGAACCAACAAAGAUCAACGAACAACCUAUGAACGAUAUCAUUGAACCUUCUGUAGAUGAAAAAAUCAGUCUGACUUCUUCUGAUACUGGUCCUGUUCCUGCUGAUCCCAUUGCUGCUGCUGCUGCUGCUGUUACUGCUACUACUGCUACUACUGCUACUACUGAUGUCAAGAAUGAUUGCACUGAUCUAUGAAUAUGUAUUAUUUUAUCAUCAUCAUCAUCAUAUCAACAACAACAACAACAAUGUCAACAUUCCCUUUAUCCAAUAGUUUACUUGUUUUUAUUUUCUUCUCACUCCUUCAUUUAUGUUGUAUUUAAUUUCAUUGCCUCUUUUUUAUUUUAUUUUAUUUUUUUUAUCUCAUCAUCAUUCUCACCGUUAUCAUUAUAUUAUCCUUGUUUUCAUUUUAUUUUAUACAAUCCUAGUUCUUGUAGUACAUUCUACCGAACUAUUUUCCCCUUCUCUAUUGUGAUGAACAAUAAAAACAACCAUAUCUAUUUGUACCGUUUUGUUAUGUUACUAAUCAAAAUGAUAUCAUAAAAUCUCAAAUUGGAAAUUCAUGCAACUGAUCAAGAGGGGGAAGUGAUUUGUUAUUUCGCUUAACC